UGGGGACGUUUCGGGUUGGGGGCCCUUCUUCAAAUGGGUCUGAGGUCUCCAGACUUUAGACAUAGUUUUCAGGUGAGAGGUAGGAAAUUUAAAGGGGAUCAUAGCAGUGAAUUAAAAGUUUUAGGGCAUGGAACAAUUUUCCAAAUCAAAUCUAUAAUUUAAAUAAAGCAAUAAGAGAUAAGACCCCAAAGAAUUCAUGAUUGACUUUUCGUUGCUGUGAACGAGAUAGCUAAUUGUUUACAUUUGUUGGUCUUGCAGUUAUUUGCUGUUGUAAAUUAAAAAAAUAAUGAUCUAGAUUUAGAGUUUUGUCCUUUCAAAUCUAACAUCCGCCUAGCUCUGAAUUUCCUCUUUUCUGGGAUGGAUUUCUCUCAGGCACCAUUGCAACAGUUCAAUGGGAUCACAGUAGUGCAGUAACUGGUACUAGUAAUAGUUUAUUAUUAUGAUCUUUACAAAGAUACAUCAAAUCGCUUUGUUUUGCACGCUACCCUGCCCUGGUAAAUCAUACCAUCGUAGUACCGGCUAGUACAAAAGAGAGCAGCACGAUGGCGCAGCGGUAGAGUUGCUGCCUUACAGGCCAGUUACCUGGGUUUGAUCCCGAUUACGGGUGCUGUCUGUACGGAGUUUGUACGUGCUCCCCAUAACCGCGUGGGUUUUCUUCGAGAUCUUCGGUUUCCUCACAAACUCCAAAGAUGUACAGGUUUGUCGGCUAAUUGGUUUGGUAUAAACGUAAAAUUGUCUCUAGUGUGUGUGUGUGGGGUAGUGCUAAUGCACGGGGAUUGCUGGUCGGCGGGGAGUCAGAGGGCCGAAGGGCCUGUUUCUGCACUGUAUCCCUGAACUAAACAGAGCACAGAAUAUGGUGUUACAGCUACAGAGAAAGUGCAGAUUAAAAAAAAUGUAAAAGCAACAACACGGUAGAUUGGAGGAUUGGGAAUUUAUCCUUGGCCUAAGGGAGAUCUGAUAACAGCGGAAAAGAAGCUAUUCCUGAAACUAAUGGCACAUGUUUUGAAGGUUUUGUAUAUUCUGCCCGAUGGGAGAGGAGAGAACCAUGGCUUAUGAGUGGCCCGGGAUUCUGUUGGCUGCUUUCCAGAGGCAGUGUGAAAUACAGGUGGUCAAUAAAGGGGUGUGGGGGGAGGGAGGCUGGUUUACUUAACGCACUGGGUUACAGUCGCAAUUACAGCACAGGACAGGCUCUUCAGCCCACAUGGUCUGUGCCAAAAAUAAUGCCACAAUAAACUCAUCUCUUCUGCCUGUACAUAAUGGUGAGUCUCUGGAACUCUCUGCUGCAGAGGGUAGUUGAAGCCAGUUCAUUGGCUAUAUUUAAGAGGGAGUUAGAUGUGGCCCUUGUGGCUAAGGGAAUCAGAGGGUAUGGAGAGAAGGCAGGUACGGGAUGCUGAGUUGGAUGAUCAGCCAUGAUCAUAUUGAAUGGCGGUGCAGGCUCGAAGGGCCGAAUGGCCUACUCCUGCACCUAAUUUCUAUGUUUCUAUGUUUCUAUAAUCCAUGUUGCUCCAUUCCCUGCAUAUUCAUGAUAGGUGCAUGUCACAGCCACCCAACGGUGAUAACCUAAUCACAUCCAACAAAUUGGCACAAUGGGCAGCAUUGUAAAUGGAUUGAAUGUAAUCAUGUACUGUCUUUCCGCUGACCGGUUAGCACAAAACAAAAGCUUUGCACGUGACAAUAAAUCAAACUGAACUGAACUGAACAGUGGUGCAGAGGUAGAGUUGCUGCCUUACAGCGCUAGAGACCCAGGUUCGAUCCUGACUAUGGGUGCCGUCUGUACGGAGUUUGUACGUACUCCCCAUGACCGCGUGGGUUUUCUCCGAGAUCUUCGGUUUUCUCCCACACUCCAAAGACGUACAGGUUGGUAGGUUUAUUGGCUUUGGUCAAAUUGCAUAUUGGCCCUCGAGCGUAGGAUAGUGUUAGUGUACGAGGUGAUCGCAGGUCGGCACGGUGGGCCAAAGUUUCAGUUUCCACACUAUCUCUAAAGUCUAAAGUUUAAUUCUCACUGACAGGAACAUAGAAACAUAGAAUUUAGGUGCAGGAGUAGGCCAUUCGGCCCUUCGAGCCUGCACCACCAUUCAAUAUGAUCAUGGCUGAUCAUCAACUCAGUAUCCCGUACCUGCCUUCUCUCCAUACCCUCUGAUCCCCUUAGCCACAAGGGCCACAUCUAACUCCCUCUUAAAUAUAGCCAAUGAACUGGCCUCGACUACCCUCUGCGGCAGAGAGUUCCAGAGAUUCACCACUCUGUGUGAAAAAAGUUCUUCUCAUCUCGGUUUUAAAGGAUUUCCCCCAUCCUUAAGCUGUGACCCCUUGUCCUGGACUUCCCCAACAUCGGGAACAAUCUUCCUGCAUCUAGCCUGUCCAACCCCUUAAGAAUUUUGUAAGUUUCUAUAAGAUCCCCUCUCAAUCUCCUAAAUUCUAGAGACUAUAAACCAAGUCUAUCCAGUCUUUCUUCAUAAGACAGUCCUGACAUCCCAGGAAUCAGUCUGGUGAACCUUCUCUGCACUCCCUCUAUGGCAAUAAUGUCCUUCCUCAGAUUUGGAGACCAAAAACUGUACGCAAUACUCCAGGUGUGGUCUCACCAAGACCCUGUACAACUGCAGUAGAACCUCCCUGCUCCUAUACUCAAAUCCUUUUGCUAUGAAAGCUAACAUACCACUCGCUUUCUUCACUGCCUGCUGCACCUGCAUGCCUACUUUCAAUGACUGGUGUACUGGAAGUAUUGUUAAAUAUUUAGCUGAUAUUUCAAACAUGUUACAAGCACCAUAAACAUUAGGAUUAAAGAAAACAAAAGUAUUUUCUUAUCUUACCAUCCAUUGUUUUUGAGCUUAGAGAACAGACCCUUUGGCCCACCGAGUUCCUGCUGACCAGGGAUCACCUUGUACACUAGGGACAGUUUACAGAAGUCAAUUAACCUACAAACCUGUAAGUCUUUGGGAACAUGGGAGGAAACCGGAGCACCUGGAGAAAUCCCAGGCAGUCGCAAGGAGAACAGACAAAGCCCGUACAGACAGAACCCCUAGUCAGGAUCGAACCCGGGUCUCUGGUGUUGUAAUGCAGCAACUUCACCGUUGCCGCCACUAUGCCUCCUUAUUUUUUGAAAUUAUUUUGUGAGGAUUUGUGAGGAUGUGGCACAGUGGUGGAGUUGUUGCCCUAACAGUGCCAUGCGAACAUGGGGUUGAUCCUGACUAUGGGUGCUUGUACAUUCUCCCUGUGACCACAUGGCGUUUCUCCGGGUGCUCCAGUAUCCUCCCACAUUCCAAAGAUGUAGAGGUUUGUGGGUUAAAAUGAUAAAUUGCCCCUGGUGUGCAGGACAGUGUGUGCUGAGUGAGGGGCCUCGUUCCGCACUGUAUCUCUAAAGUCUGAAACUCAAAAGGUCCCAGCCUACAUUGGGGAAGUUAAGGUCGGCUCCUCCAAAACCAUGUUGCUUUUGCCCCUCCACUCUGCAGCCCCAAUGAAUAACCAUUUUUAGAUGUGAAAGAGCAAAAAGUUCAUCCUCAUAAAGAAACACUCUGACUCAACAGCAAACAAGGUACCUAGGCAACUAUCUUGAUGGCUGACGCUCACUGCCAACUUUCAGAGACAAAUAAAUCUCAUAUCUAGGUGCAGCAACCAGACGUGAAUCAUUGGGAGGAAUGUUUGCAGAGAAAUAAAUCACAUAUUAAGUUGUGUGUGGAAGCGGUGAACAGUCCCUGGGUGAGUUGCUGCGAACAGUGGAGUAAAACCAAUCGCACGGUGCAGUAGAUCUUUGUAGCUGCUCUUCACGAUGUCUUUACAGUUGAAUUGCAGAUUGCUGACGACCCCAAUAGGAAUUGUAAGGCUACUUGAAAUCUUGCUGUCCUGCACAGCGUUCAGCCUGAUUGCCCACGUGAACCUUUACUCUGGCUCGUACGGAGGCUGGUGCAUGUUUGCCUGGUGUUUCUCCUUCGCCGUCACCUUUCUCAUCCUGGCCUUGGAGCUGACGGGGCUUCACGGCAACAUUCCGAUAUCCUGGGAGGACUUCACCACGUCGUUCGCGAUGCUGGCCACGCUGCUGAACCUGACCGCCUCCAUCAUCUACCCAUCCGUCUUCCUCCCAACCGGCAACCGGGAGAUCGAGGAUCAUCAAAUAGCAGCCACUGCCAUGUCCUGCCUGUGCUUCAUCGCCUACGCCGUCGAAGUGGGUCUCACGCGAGCCAGGCCCGGUGAGAUCAGUGGGUUUUUAAAGACUGUUCCGGGACUCCUUAAAGUGUUGGAAGCUUUCAUCGCCUGCAUUAUCUUUGUACUUGUCGAGGACACGUAUCGUGCCAACUCCGGUCGGCAGUGGUGCAUGGCUGUGUACUGCAUCUGCUUUAUCGUCACCUUAUUGAUCAUUAUUCUAACCAUCGCCCAGCUCAUAGCCAGGAUGCCGUUUCCAUUCGAGAGGUUUCUGACAGUCUACAGCCUCCUGGCUGUGCUGAUGUACAUCACCGCGGCGAUCGUCUGGCCAAUCUUCUGCUUCAGCCCAAGCCACGGCCAAUCGACCAGACCGAGUGGUUGCCGACGAGGCCACUGUUACUGGGAUAACCAAGUCAUAGCCACCGUUUUAACCUAUGUUAACCUGGUGGUGUACAUUGUAGAUCUGGUCUAUUCGGCCAGGUUAGUCUUCAUUCCACAGGCUUAAGCGCUUCUGAAAACUGUAUGCAAUGAUGAGAGGGGAGGUGCUUUUAUUGGUGAUCCUGCAUCAAUAUAACAAAUAUAUGGUGUUUUCUAUUUUGUUUUUUUAUGGAUUGUAGUUAUUGAAGCUGAUGAGAGCAGCUAGGUAUGUUUGACCCUUCGUACUCUCAGUAUAAUGUCGUGUACCCUAUCACUACCCACGUUUUAUGCCUUGCUUAGACAUUAGCGAUACCGUGUAGAAACAGGCCCUUCGGCCCAACUUGCCCACACCGGCCAACAUCUAUACUAGCCCCAUCUGCCUGGAUUUGGCCCAAAUCCCUCUAUACCUGUUCUAUACUUGUACCUGUCUAAAAGUUUCUUAAACGUUACAGCCUCAUCUGCCUACUCCGGCAGCUUGUUCAAUACACCGAGUGCACGCCAACUAGCGAUCACCCCGCCCACUGGCACUACCCUGCACACUAGGGCCAAUUUACAAUUUUAGCCAAGCCAAUUAACCUACAAACCUGUACAUUUUUGGAGUGUGGGAAGAAACCAGAGCUCCUGGAGAAAACCAACACAGGUCACGGGGAGGACGUACAAACUACUUAAAGACAGCACCGGUAGUCAGGGUCGAACCCGGGUCUCUGGCACUGCAAGGCAGCAACUCUACCGCUGCGCCACCAUGCCACCCACAUGGGUUCUCAGGCAGGUGUACGUUGGUCGGUUCGAUGUCCACAUGUGGGUGAUGGGUUGAACUGCCAUUCAAAUUCUGUCGCCAGUCUCCAUAGAAAAUCUAAUACAGGCACUCCCCGACUUGCGUGAUAAUGCGACUUGUGUAAGCAUGUUUAACGUGAGCACCUCAUUCAGCCCACUGCUUUAAUUCCAAGCUGUGCGUCACGGCAGAAAUGUGCCGCUGCCGCCGCAUGUGGCCGUUUACGCAAUUUUUCCAGGAUGCUCCCACGUUGUCCAUGCAUCGCAGCUCCUGCCUGGUCUCCCACUGAGACUGCGCAGCAUGAAUUGUAAAAUUACAUUUUCAAUAUCUUGCCUCCCAUUGUUAUGCUAACUGGUCUAUAAUUCCCUGUGCGAUUUCACUGCCUGCUGGAAAUGACAAGUUUUCCUAUCUACGCUCGGUCACCGGUUCAUUUUCUGCUGCAUUUCUACAUGGGUAAAAGCGGUGCUUCUGCCCUCCCCACUGGAGAAUGCAUAGCUACAUGUGAAAUCCAUCAGAGCCCAACAUCUGGCCUUCCUUUAUAUUGAUAGGUAUCUCUACUCUGGCUUUUCUCACAGUUGCACCACCCCCCCCCCCCCCCCCCCCCCCCCCCCCCCCCCCCCCCCCCCCCAGAUUAAGCUCCUGUUAUCUUUUUGUCCUUGCGAUAGUUGAACAUUGAGAUCAUGUAUAUCCUCAAAAUCCAUGUGUUUUCAAAAGCAAGUACAGCAAGUUUCAAGCUACUCAUUGAAGUAAGGCUCGAUGACCAACCCUGCCAUUGUCAGCAAUUAUCAGGCAGCGAAUGCGACCCUG